UCGACGUCGCCGCGGACGCCCUCUCUCUCUCGGCUGUUUGUUUCUGAGCUCGGAAAGGAGACACUCCGGACUUUCUUCCAUUUUUCGUCUUUUACCGGGACUGGACCGAGUCCAGGGAGCGUUUUUAAAUAUGGUCUGCGGCGGUUUCACCUGCUCCAAAAACGCGCUGUGUUCUCUCAACGUGGUUUAUAUGCUGGUCGGCCUGCUGCUGAUCGGCGUAGCGGCGUGGGGGAAGGGCUACGGCCUGGUGUCCAGCAUCCACAUCAUCGGCGGGGUCAUCGCCGUGGGCGUCUUCCUGCUGCUCAUCGCCAUCGUGGGACUGAUCGGAGCCGUGCACCACCACCAAGUCAUGCUCUUCUUUUACAUGGUCAUCCUCUUCAUCGUCUUCCUGUUCCAGUUUGGAGUUUCCUGCUCCUGCCUGGCGAUGAACAGGGGGCAGCAGGAGGGGCUUCUGAACUCCACCUGGAGCAUCCUGGAGGACCCCACCAAGACGGACCUGGAGACGCAGCUCAACUGCUGCGGCCUGUUCAACAGGGAGGACAGCCGCCAGCAGUACGAGCAGGACCUGAAGACCUGUCCCCUGUCCUGUAACGCCACCCAGCCCUGCUUCCCCUGCGGGGACAUGAUGCUGAACCACGCCACGGAGGCCCUGAAGAUCCUGGGGGGGGUCGGACUCUUCUUCAGCUUCACAGAGAUCCUCGGGGUGUGGCUAGCUGUGCGCUACAGGAACCAGAAGGACCCCCGAGCUAACCCCAGUGCUUUCCUCUAGUCUGCCCCGCCCCCGAAGGUCUUAUCCCGGGUUUCCUACACACAGAACCACACACCGACUGGACGCCCCACCCGGACCCCUGACCCCGGACCCCUGAACCCGGACCCCUGAACCUGGACCCUGGAGCUCGGCCUCAUGCAUGAAGGGUGCUGUGUCUCCAUGCAGCCUGGAUUUGAGCGCCAGCCUAUUAGCAUGCCUCUCCAUCAGCACCUCCACCCAUGGCAGCGGGACAGAACCGCUGCCCCCCCCCCAGGACCCACCUGGACCCGCCUGGACCUGUGCUGUGAACUAGUUCUUCAUUCAGUGUUUGUUUCUCGCCACACUCGACGGGACGUAGUAGAUUUUAGGAAAUUGACACAUUUCGAGCUGCGACUGAGCCGACUGACUUCAGAGUUCUGAUGAGAGAGGACUGCAGCUCCGUGGACCAGGACCUGGUCCUAAUCCUGAGCUCUACCCCAGGUCUUGAUGGAGCUGCUUUGCUCUACAUGAGAUCCUCCUUCAUUGGUUUCUGCACUCGCCUGAUCAUGAAACAUUCCUACUCACAGUGGAGGCUGCAUGUUCUUCCUUUGCAUUCACAUUCUUUGAUGGCCUGCAGCCAACAUGUCAAAGAUCAUCUGGGUGUAUUGCAACUUGCUGCAUAGCAACGAGGCGGCUGGCUGCAUAGCAACGAGGCGGCUGGCUGCUUAGCAACAAGUUGGCUGGCUGCAUAGCAACGAAUCGUUUGGCUGCUUAGCAACGAGUCGGCUCUGCUGCGUAGCAACAAGUCGGCUCUGCUGCGUAGCAACGAGUCGGCUCUGCUGCGUAGCAACGAGUCGGCUCUGCUGCGUAGCAACGAGUCGGCUCUGCUGCGUAGCAACGAGUCGGCUCUGCUGCGUAGCAACGAGUCGGCUCUGCUGCGUAGCAACGAGUCGGCUGGCUGCUUAGCAACAAGUUGGCUGGCUGCAUAGCAACGAAUCGGCUGGCUGCUUAGCAACAAGUCAGCUCUGCUGCGCAGCAACGAAUCGGCUGGCUGCAUAGCAAUGAGUCGGCUCUGCUGCGUAGCAACGAAUCGGCUGGCUGCAUAGCAAUGAGUCGGCUCUGCUGCGUAGCAACGAGUCGGCUCUGCUGCGUAGCAACGAGUCGGCUCUGCUGCGUAGCAACGAGUCGGCUCUGCUGCGUAGCAACGAGUCGGCUCUGCUGCGUAGCAACGAGUCGGCUCUGCUGCGUAGCAACGAGUCGGCUCUGCUGCGUAGCAACAAGUCGGCUGGCUGCUUAGCAACAAGUUGCUGGCUGCAUAGCAACGAAUCGGCUGGCUGCUUAGCAACAAGUCAGCUCUGCUGCGCAGCAACGAAUCGGCUGGCUGCAUAGCAAUGAGUCGGCUCUGCUGCGUAGCAACGAAUCGGCUGGCUGCAUAGCAAUGAGUCGGCUCUGCUGCGUAGCAACGAGUCGGCUCUGCUGCGUAGCAAUGAGUCGGCUCUGCUGCGUAGCAACGAGUCGGCUCUGCUGCGCAGCAACGAGUCGGCUCUGCUGCGUAGCAACGAGUCGGCUCUGCUGCGUAGCAACGAGUCGGCUCUGCUGCGUAGCAACGAGUCGGCUCUGCUGCGUAGCAACAAGUUGGCUGGCUGCAUAGCAACGAAUCGGCUGGCUGCUUAGCAACAAGUCAGCUCUGCUGCGCAGCAACGAAUCGGCUGGCUGCAUAGCAACGAGUCGGCUCUGCUGCGUAGCAACGAGUCGGCUCUGCUGCGUAGCAACGAGUCGGCUCUGCUGCGUAGCAACGAGUCGGCUCUGCUGAGUAGCAACGAGUCGGCUCUGCUGCGUAGCAACGAGUCGGCUCUGCUGCGUAGCAACGAGUCGGCUCUGCUGCGUAGCAACGAGUCGGCUCUGCUUAGCAACAAGUCGGCUGGCUGCAUAGCAACAAGUUGGCUGGCUGCAUAGCAACGAAUCGGCUGGCUGCUUAGCAACAAGUCAGCUCUGCUGCGCAGCAACAAGCCGGCUCUGCUGCGUAGCAACAAGUCGGCUCUGCUGCGUAGCAACAAGUCGGCUGGCUGCUUAGCAACAAGUUGGCUGGCUGCAUAGCAACGAAUCGGCUGGCUGCUUAGCAACAAGUCAGCUCUGCUGCGCAGCAACGAAUCGGCUGGCUGCAUAGCAACGAGUCGGCUCUGCUGCGCAGCAACGAAUCGACUGGCUGCGUAGCAACAAAUUGGCUGGCUGCAUAGCAACGAUUCGGCUGGCUGCAUAGCAACAAGUCGGCUCUGCUGCGUAGCAACAAGUCGGCUCUGCUGCGUAGCAAAGAGUCGGCUCUGCUGCGUAGCAAGGAGUCGGCUCUGCUGCGUAGCAAGGAGUCGGCUCUGCUGCGUAGCAACGAGUCGGCUCUGCUGCGUAGCAACGAGUCGGCUCUGCUGCGUAGCAACAAGUCGGCUCUGCUGCGUAGCAACGAGUCGGCUCUGCUGCGUAGCAACGAGUCGGCUCUGCUGCGUAGCAACAAGUCGGCUCUGCUGCGUAGCAACGAGUCGGCUCUGCUGCGUAGCAACGAGUCGGCUCUGCUGCGUAGCAACAAGUCGGCUCUGCUGCGUAGCAAGGAGUCGGCUCUGCUGCGUAGCAACAAGUCGGCUCUGCUGCGUAGCAAGGAGUCGGCUCUGCUGCGUAGCAACGAGUCGGCUCUGCUGCGUAGCAACAAAUUGGCUGGCUGCAUAGCAACGAGUCGGCUGGCUGCUUGAGGCUGGUUGUGUAGCGUAAAUCGAUUUGUCUCAACAGGAGGUUGCAGUUAUUUAAAACCGUGACGUCCUGAUUGUCACAACUUUCUUCAGGAUAUUAAUCUGAGCGAACAGCAUUAAUCCUCCCGACUCCACUUGAAGUGGCUCUAUGGUUCAGCAAAAAUAGUGUUGUGACUUGACUUGGCCCCGCCCCCUGCAGUGGUCUGGCCUGACCCCGCCUCCUGCUGUUGCUUUUGCCAGGUAACUGGAAAAAACCACUUGAAAGAAGCAGGAAGCUGUGGAACUUCCUGCGGGAUCAGACUGGAGUCGAUUUGGCCAAACCUGCUUCUUGAAGUGUUGUUGUGGAAUCUGCUCUGAGUGCAAUUCUUUUAUUUUUCAGAAUUUGUUUUGUUGCCUUUCGUCCAUCAGUGUUAAUGCUUUGUAAAAUAGCUGUUCAAUAUUUAAGUUAAGUUUGAUGAUAAUGCUGAUAUUUUAUCGUGAUUUUGAUGGUGUGACAUUUCCUCUUGUUUUUUUCCUCUUUUAACUGAAAACAACUAACAGCUGUUGGUCUCUCUGACUUGAACCUGUUGAUUUCUGCUGAUCUAGAUUUCUGCUGCUGGUUUUGGAGAAAAACCCUCUGAAACUCUGGUCUGUCGGUUUGUGCUCUUCUUCAGUCCUUCAGGCUUCAUUUUCCAAAUAAAACUCACCGUUGGAGG